ACAUCACAAAACACCCCACCACAAGAGAAUUUCGACCAAAAUCAAAGAGCUCUGAGAGGUCAGCGAGCAACCACCAGGCAUCGGAAAGCGUUCGAGAUUUUCUCAACAGUACCCUGGUCUCUUCCCUUCGAGGUAUCAAUCGCGAAGUAGUCGCGUAUCCAAGCAGCUAUGGCGGAACCUGCGCCAGGCACUUCGGCCCUUGUCGACCUCAUCAACUCGCUGCCCGAUCCCGACGGCACCUGGGGGCCCCCCGUUACCGACGAGACGACUCUCAAUGGCGUCCCCUACGCCCCGUUCUCCAAGAGCGACAAGCUAGGCCGCAUGGCUGACUGGUCCGAUUCUAAGGACGGCAGGGACGGACGUGGCAGGCAACAAUACAACAGGAAUUACCGCGACCAACAGGUAUACGGCGCCGGCUCCGCCUCGCUCUUUUCCGCGCCUGUGGCAGAAGACGAGGCCUCCUUUUCCGUUGUUUCCAACGUGCGCGACACGGGCAAGACUCGCUUCGGGCGUGGCGCCAUCUUCACCCGCGGCCGUGGCCAACGUGGUGCCCGCGGAGACACCCGGGGCGGUGGUCGCCAGCAGUUCCAGCGUGGGGGGCGUGGUGGUCAACAAUACGGCGGCGGCUACGAUGGCCGUGGCGCUGCGCGGGGCGGUGGUGCUCGUGGUCGCCGCUUCGGCUGGAGGGAUUAUGACAAGCCGCAGCGCAACCGCGAUGCCUCCAUCAACGUUAGGCCCGACUGGAAGCUUCUCGAGGAAAUCGACUUCAACCGCCUCAGCAAGCUGAACCUCGAAACCGACGAGGGCGAAGACAUCGACAGCUACGGAUUUCUGUACUACUACGACCGGUCAUUCGACAAGCAGCCCGUCAAGAGCGCCGAGCGCAAGCUUGCGGUUGUGGACCGCGCCGUGUACAAUGUGACGACUUCGUCCGACCCCAUCAUCCAGGAGCUGGCCGAGAGGGACGAGGCCACUAUCUUCGCCACGGAUAGUAUCCUGUCGAUGCUAAUGUGCGCCCCACGGUCCGUCUACCCCUGGGACAUUGUUAUCGUCCGGCAGGGCAACAAGGUGUUCCUGGACAAGCGCGAUAACGCAGCGCUCGACAUGGUGACAGUCAACGAGAACGCCCACGACGCCCCGCUCGAGGCUUCCGAGGGUUCCAAGGAACCCAUCAACCAGCCGGCUGCGCUCGCCGAGGAGGCGACCUACAUUAACCACAACUUCGCCAACCAGGUGGUGCUGGAGAGCCAGAACCAGAAGGUCGAGAUGGCGCACGAGAACCCCUUCUACAGCGCGUCGGACGAGACAGAGCCUCCGGCGUCCAAGGCAUACAAGUACAGGCGGUUUGACUUGUCGACUAGCGAGGAGAACCCGACAUACCUGGUCGUCCGCACGGAGCUCGACGCGGUACAGAAAAACGCCAUCAACGGCGAGGACCAGUUCGUGACCGUCCAUGCGCUGAACGAGUUCGACAACAAGGCUCAGGGCAGCGGCGGCGGGCUGGAUUGGCGGACGAAGCUCGUAUCCCAGAGAGGUGCCGUGGUCGCCACGGAGAUGAAGAACAACAGCUGCAAGCUCGCGCGGUGGACUGUGCAGAGUAUUCUGGCCAAGGCUGAUGUCAUGAAGCUUGGCUUCGUCUCCCGCAUAUCGCCCAAAGUGAACGACAAGCACGUCAUUCUCGGCGUCAUCGGCUGGAAGCCCAGGGACUUCGCCAACCAGAUGAAUCUUCAGCUGUCCAACGGCUGGGGCAUCGUGCGCACCAUCGCCGACAUGUGUCUGCAGCGCGACGAGGGCAAGUACGUGCUCGUCAAGGACCCCAACAAGAGCAUCCUGCGUCUGUACGAGGUCCCCGCUGGCGGGUUGGACGACGACGACGAGGCGCCUGAGCCGGAGGGGGCUGCUGCAAAACGGCAGAUCAUGGCGCCGCCUGCGAAAUCGAGGCUAUCCCAGACUCGACUGAAAACCCCACAGAAGCCCGCGUCCAGGCAGUCAACCUUGUCCGCUUCUGCCACCAAGCAAAAGCCGAAAACCAAAUCAAAGCCGAAUCAGAGUAUUCUGAGCUUCUUCAAGAAGGCGCCGGAACAGGAUGAGGCGCUUUUCAUCGAGGAGAGGAGAGAGGACAGCUGUGGGAUCGACGUCGUCCCCGAGGCGGGAGAAGAGGAGGACCUCUAUCGCUCGACCCCGCCCCGUGAGCAAACGGGCGAGGAUGGCGGAGAAAGGAGGUUCAACGAGGUUGGCGGAUCCGUGAAGAGGAGGAAGUUGAAGUCCGAUGCGCAAACCACAUCGCAGCCGAACGCAAAGUCGGGCACCUCGGCGGCGUCAGACAACAAGAAAAAGAAGGCGGGAAAUCCGUUCCUCGACGACUCUUCCGACGAUGACGAAGGUGACAAGGAAAACGAGCCAGCUUCGGCGAAAACUACAGCAAGGGAAAUCAAGGAGAGAGGUUCCAGGGCGCCGCUUUUGAGACAGCAGACGUCGGGAGCCGAGGCCGGGGGUGACCGCGACGAGGAAACACGAGAUGACGGCGACGAUUUUACCGGUGAGGAACGGAGGAUGAUGCAGUUUAUGGAGGAGCAGGCACGGUUGGAGGCGGAGGCGGGAGGAGAAGAGUACGAUACAAGCGAUGACAACGGGAACGCUAUGGCGGAGAGCUGUCCGGUCUGCAACGGUAGUCUGGCUGGUGCGACGUCAGACGAGGCCACAGCGCACGUCAAUUCCUGUCUCGACGGCAACCCGAUGCCCUUGCCGAAUCCGCCAGCCAUUGCCACUGUUAUCGGGGUUGCGAAUGAAACCGAGGCUGCAGUUAUGAGCAAGCGGUUUGCAAAAGCUGCUGUGGCACGCCCGGGUCAGGCGAAUCCCAUCAGUCUCGGUGGCGACGCCGGGGAGGGCCCGUCAACCUCGGCGUUUACCAAGCUCAUGUCUGGCCACGCCGAGGAUGCGGCGUGGGCGACGGCUGCCGCGGCGGAGAGCGCGUCCCGGGGCAUGCCCGCGUAUAAGCGAACGUGUCCAUUCUACAAGAUCAUGCCUGGGCUCUCAAUCUGUGUUGAUGCCUUCCGGUACGGGGCCGUCGAAGGCUGCCAAGCGUAUUUCCUCAGCCACUUCCACAGUGAUCACUACAUGGGCCUGACAGCGAGCUGGACGCAUGGGCCGAUCUACUGCAGCAAAGUAACCGGGUCGUUGGUCAAGUCGCAGCUGAGGACGGCAGCAAAGUAUGUCGUCGAGCUGGAGUUCGAGGAGACAGUGCCCGUCCCAGAAACCAAGGACGUUACGGUGACCAUGAUCCCAGCGAACCAUUGCCCAGGAAGCUCCCUUUUCCUCUUUGAGAAGACGACUGGCGGGAAAACCCAGCGGAUCCUUCACUGCGGCGACUUCCGUGCCUGCGCCUCCCACGUCGAGCACCCGAAACUACGGCCCGAGAUGGUCGAUGCCCUCUCUCGCCGAACGAAGCAGCAGAAGAUCGAUGUCUGCUACCUCGAUACCACCUACCUCAACCCCCGCUACUCGUUUCCGCCGCAACACGACGUGAUCGGUGCCUGCGCUGAACUCUGCUCCCGGCUCAACAAAAGCCUCCUAGCCAACGACAAUCGCGAGUGGGACGCCCUCCUGCGACGACGGGAACGUGGUGGCAACGGCUCUUCCAACAAUGAGAGCGUUGCCAAGUUCUUUCCCACCACCUCCUCCACCACCACCCCGCCAACCCGAUCCUCACUUCCUCCCAGCAACGCCUUCACGGCCCUCAACGGCAGACCCCGCCACCCCAACCGCCUCCUCGUCGUCUGCGGCACCUACAGCAUCGGCAAGGAGCGCAUCUGCGUCGCCAUCGCCAAGGCGCUCAACACCAAGAUCUACGCCACGCCCGCCAAGAUCCGCAUGUGCAAGCAGCUCGACGACCCGGAGCUCGUCUCGCUCCUCACCUCGGACCCGUGCGAGGCACAAGUCCACAUGCAGAUGAUCAUGGAGAUCCGCGCCGAGACGCUGGCCGAGUAUCUCGAGGCGUACAGAGCCCGCGGCGAGUUCGGCCGGAUCGUGGGGUUCCGGCCGUCGGGCUGGAAUUACCGGCCCUCGGGACCGGGCGGGGUGAACGGCAAGGGGAACGGCGGCGGCACGGCUGGCGCCCCCGCGGUAGCUGCGAACCUCGCGCCCGGCUCCCUCCCCACGACCCAGCUGCUGCACGGCCCCGGGUGGCGCACGCGGUUUGGCGUGCGGGAUCUGGUGCCGCAGCGGGGCAGCGGGAAGGAAGUGCUGUGCUUUGGCGUGCCGUACAGCGAGCACAGCAGCUUCCGGGAGCUGGCGCUGUUCCUGAUGGCCUUGCGCAUCGAGCGGGUCGUGCCGACUGUCAACGUGGGCAGCGAGGCGAGCAGGCGGAGGAUGAAGGGCUGGAUCGAUCGGUGGCUGGGGGAGAGGAGACGGGGAGGGCUGGUGAGGAUAUUGGAAGGGGAGGAAGGCGAAGGGGGUGAGGGGGGUAGAGGCGGGCUCGGGCUCUGGGACGGGAAGGAUGGGAAAGGGGGUGCGGUGUAUUGGUAGGAGGGGAAUGUGUAUAAACAUGGACGCAAGCACACCAGGCUUGAUUGGAAAACGGUCAGAUGCGGCUCUCUCGUAUCAAAAAGAUGAUGUAUAUGCUAGCUACCGUACUUCCUCCAGCUAAGACAUGUCCAUCCUAUCGCCCGCCAAAUGGUUGGCGGCGAGGCGCGCACUGUAAAGCACUAGUACAAUACAAAACCCAC